UCAGAUAAAACCCAUCCGAGAAAUAAACCUGUUUUAGCUUAAGCCAAAACCCUAGAGCGGCGUCCUCCAUCUUUCAUCUGUUAUUCGUUCGGCGCGAUCUUUGCUCUGAGUUCUCACAAACGACCGUCGAAGCUUGUAGUGAAGGAGCGAAGAUGAGUAAAGGUGCGGCCGCGGCAGUAGCGAAAGGCGGGAAGAAGAAGGGAGUGGUCUUCGUGGUCGAUUGUUCGAAGCCGGUUGAGGAUAAGAUUAUGGAAAUUGCUUCGCUUGAGAAGUUCUUGCAGGAGAGGAUUAAGGUCGGGGGGAAAGCCGGCGCGCUUGGAGAUUCCGUCACCGUCACUCGUGAUAAGAACAAGAUCACCGUCACCGCAGAUUCUGCUUUCUCCAAGAGGUAUCUCAAGUAUUUGACGAAAAAGUAUUUGAAAAAGCACAAUGUGAGGGAUUGGCUUCGUGUGAUUGCUUCGAACAAGGACAGGAAUGUCUACGAACUGCGCUACUUCAACAUCGCAGAGCAAGAAGGGGAGGAAGAAGACUAACUCCCCUACCCGGUCAGGUUCACUUCUCUUUUCAGUUUAUCUCGACUUUGUUUGAAUUCUCGAUCCGUUUGUCAUUGUUAUCAUCCAAAAUUUUCUCGACUUCCCAAUCAAAUGUUUUGCAGUUUUGUUUUGACUUGGUAUAACUUAAUAUGGCGUGCUUAUCAUUCCGGGAGUAGU